CCCGACCCCGACCCGGCCCCGACCCCGCGGCGGCCCGGGCGGGCGGGCGAUCGCGGCCGGAGGAUGUCGGCGGGCGGCCGCGACGAGGAGCGGCGGAAGCUGGCCGACAUCAUCCAGCACUGGAACGCCAACCGGCUGGACCUGUUCGAGAUCAGCCAGCCCACCGAGGAUUUGGAGUUCCAUGGAGUGAUGAGAUUUUAUUUUCAAGAUAAAGCUGCUGGGAACUUUGCAACAAAAUGUAUCCGGGUCUCUAGUACCGCCACCACUCAGGACGUGCUGGAAACGCUCGCAGAGAAAUUCCGCCCUGAUAUGCGGAUGUUGUCAUCACCCAAGUACUCCCUGUAUGAAGUGCACGUCAGCGGAGAAGAAAGAAGAUUGGAUAUAGACGAGAAACCCCUUGUUGUGCAGUUGAAUUGGAAUAAGGAUGAUCGAGAGGGCAGAUUUGUUCUUAAGAAUGAGAACGACGCCAUUCCUGCUAAGAAGGCUCAAAGUAACGGACCUGAAAAGCAGGAAAAAGAAGGUGUUAUCCAGAACUUCAAGAGAACUCUCUCAAAGAAAGAAAAGAAGGAAAAAAAGAAGAGAGAAAAAGAGGCAAUGAGGCAGGCGUCUGAUCGAGACGAUAGACCUUUCCAUGGGGAUGACACUGAAAAUUCUCGACUGGCUGCUGAGGUUUACAAAGACAUGCCUGAAACUAGCUUUACCCGAACAAUUUCUAAUCCCGAGGUGGUUAUGAAACGACGGAGACAACAAAAACUGGAAAAGAGAAUGCAGGAAUUUCGGAGCUCAGAUGGGCGACCUGAUUCAGGUGGAACAUUGAGAAUUUAUGCAGAUAGUUUAAAACCAAAUAUUCCCUACAAGACGAUCCUGCUGUCUACCACAGAUCCUGCAGACUUCGCUGUGGCUGAAGCUUUAGAGAAGUAUGGUCUGGAGAAAGAAAAUCCUAAGGAUUAUUGCAUUGCCCGCGUUAUGCUUCCUCCUGGGGCCCAGCAUUCUGAUGAGAAAGCUGCUGAAGAGAUUAUCCUUGAUGAUGAUGAGUGUCCUUUACAGAUCUUCAGGGAGUGGCCGAAUGACAGAGGGAUUUUAGUCUUUCAGCUGAAGAGGAGGCCACCAGACUACAUCCCAAAGAAAAGCCAGAAGCACGUGGAUGGGAAGCCCCUGCACGGAAAGGAGCGCGUUGAUGGGUCUGGCUAUGGCUCUGCCCUCCCGCCGGAGAAACUGCCCUACCUCGUAGAGCUGAGCCCAGAUGGUUCCGACUCCAGAGACAAGCCGAAGCUCUACCGCCUUCAGCUGAGCGUCACUGAGGUCGGGACAGAGAAGUUCGACGACGGCUCCAUCCAGUUGUUUGGUUCAGGAAUUGAGCCCCAUCACUGUGACCUCACAAACAUGGAUGGAGUGGUCACGGUCACGCCGAGAAGCAUGGAUGCCGAGACCUACGUGGACGGGCAGCGCAUAUCGGAGACGACGAUGCUGCACAGCGGGAUGAAGGUGCAGUUUGGGGUGUCCCAUGUGUUUAAGUUCGUGGACCCCAGCCAGGACCACGCUCUGCCCAAGAGAUCCGUGGAUGGAGGCCUGAUGGCGAAGGGUCCCAGACAGAGGCCUGGAAUUGUUCCGGAGACAACUUUUGAUUUAGGAGGCGACGUUCGUAGUGGAACAGCAUUACCGGCGAGCAAGAGCUCCUCCAGGCUGGACGGCGACAGGGGGCUGUCUGCCGCCAGCACCGCCGAGCGAGGGAUGGUGAAGCCCAUGGUCAGAGUGGAGCAGCAGCUGGACUACCGCAGGCAAGAAAGCAGAACUCAGGACACUCCUGGGCCUGACCUAAUACUGCCUGCAAGCAUUGAAUUCAGGGAAAGUUCUGAAGAUUCAUUUUUAUCUGCCAUUAUAAAUUACACUAAUAGCUCUACAGUCCAUUUUAAGUUGUCACCUACAUACGUGUUAUAUAUGGCGUGUCGGUAUGUAUUGUCCAGCCAGUACAGACCCGAUGUCAGUCCCGCAGAACGGACGCACAAAGUGAUCGCCAUUGUCAACAAGAUGGUGAGCAUGAUGGAAGGGGUCAUUCAGGAAGUAGACCAGGUUGAUCAGAAACAGAAGAAUAUUGCAGGGGCACUUGCUUUCUGGAUGGCAAAUGCAUCUGAGCUUCUCAACUUCAUAAAGCAGGACCGAGAUCUUAGUCGAAUCACGUUGGAUGCCCAGGAUGUUCUAGCCCACUUGGUUCAAAUGGCCUUUAAAUACCUGGUUCACUGUCUUCAGUCAGAACUGAAUAAUUACAUGCCAGCCUUUCUGGACGACCCCGAAGAGAACAGUCUGCAAAGACCAAAAAUAGACGACGUGCUGCACACGCUCACGGGGGCCAUGUCGCUGCUGCGCCGCUGCCGGGUCAACGCUGCGCUGACCAUCCAGCUCUUCUCCCAGCUCUUCCACUUCAUCAACAUGUGGCUGUUCAACAGGCUGGUAACCGACCCCGAGUCGGGGCUGUGCUCCCACUACUGGGGCGCCAUCAUCCGCCAGCAGCUCGGGCACGUGGAGGCCUGGGCGGAGAAGCAGGGCUUGGAGCUGGCAGCCGACUGUCACCUCAGCAGGAUCGUGCAGGCAACCACUUUGCUCACCAUGGAUAAGUACGCACCCGAUGACAUCCCAAAUAUAAACAGUACCUGCUUCAAGUUAAAUUCACUACAACUUCAAGCCUUACUUCAGAAUUACCACUGUGCACCCGAUGAGCCUUUUGUCCCUACAGACCUGACGGAGCAUGUGGUGGCUGUAGCGGAGAACACAGCCGACGAGCUGGCACGCAGCGACGGGCGGGAGGUACAGCUGGAGGAGGACCCCGACCUGCAGCUGCCGUUCCUUCUGCCCGAGGACGGCUACUCCUGCGACGUCGUCCGAAACAUCCCAAACGGCUUACAGGAGUUUCUGGACCCUUUGUGCCAGAGAGGAUUUUGCAGGUUAAUUCCUCACCCACGUUCACCAGGCACUUGGACAAUAUAUUUCGAAGGUGCAGAUUAUGAGAGUCACCUUAUGCGGGAGAACACAGAACUGGCUCAGCCUCUGAGGAAAGAACCUGAAAUAAUCACGGUGACCCUCAAAAAGCAGAACGGAAUGGGCCUUAGCAUUGUCGCAGCAAAGGGUGCUGGUCAAGACAAACUUGGAAUCUACGUCAAGUCUGUUGUAAAAGGAGGUGCGGCUGAUGUGGACGGGCGGCUGGCUGCAGGUGACCAGCUCCUCAGCGUGGAUGGACGGAGUCUGGUAGGACUCUCUCAAGAAAGGGCAGCAGAACUGAUGACAAGGACAAGCUCCGUGGUGACGCUGGAAGUAGCAAAGCAAGGAGCCAUUUACCACGGUCUCGCUACCCUGCUCAAUCAGCCGUCCCCCAUGAUGCAGAGAAUUUCAGAUCGUCGUGGAUCAGGUAAACCCCGACCAAAGAGUGAAGGUUUUGAGCUCUAUAAUAAUUCAGCUCAAAACGGGUCCCCGGAGAGCCCUCAGGUGCCUUGGGCGGAAUACAGUGAACCAAAGAAAUUGCCCGGCGACGACAGGCUGAUGAAGAACAGGGCUGACCACCGCUCCAGCCCCAACGUCGCAAAUGAGCCCCCUAGUCCCGGCGGGAAAGGUGCCUAUGCCUCUGGUACAGCAGCCAAGAUAACGUCCGUCUCCACUGGAAACCUCUGCGCUGAGGAGCAGACCCCUCCUCCCCGAGCCGAGGCCUACCCCAUCCCGACGCAGACCUACACCAGGGAGUACUUCACCUUCCCGGCCUCCAAGUCCCAGGACCGCACGGCUCCUCCUCAGGACCAGUGGCCCCGUUAUGAGGAGAAGCCCCAUGUGCACACGGACAGCAGCCACUCCAGCACUGCAGUCCAGCGUGUGACCCGGUCCCAGGAGGAGCUCCGGGAGGAUGUCGUCGGGUACCACCUGGAGCGGCAGAGGGUGGAGGCGGAGAUGGAGCGCAGGUCUGACGGCGGCGACGCGUGGCUCAACCAGGGCUCCUUGCUGGGCUCCAGCACGUCCAGCCAGGAGCACCUGGGCCCCCCCUCCAAGGCGGGCACCCCCGCGUCCACGCUCACCAAGAGUGGCCCUGGGCGCUGGAAGACCCCAGCCGCCUCCCCGCCGGUGCGGACCGACCCGCCCCCCGGGCACUACGGCGCCAGCGACGGGGACGGAGGCCCCGCGGACUCGCCCCUCCCGCCGCCUCCCACCGGCGCCCAGGUGGCCGCAGAGCGGAAGAAGCGGGAGGAGCAGCAGCGCUGGUACGAGAAGGAAAAGGCGCGCCUGGAGGAGGAGCGCGAGCGCCGGCGGCGGGAGCAAGAGCGCAGGCUGGGCCAGCUGCGGGCGCAGGCCCCGCCCCCCGGGCCGCCCUCGCCCGCCGCCCCGCCCGCCCCUGCACGCGCCCCAGACACCGUCAUCCGGGAGCUACAGCCCCAGCAGCAGCCGCGCACCAUCGAGCGCCGGGACCUGCAGUACAUCACGGUCAGCAGGGAGGAGCUGGCCUCGGGGGACAGCCUGUCCCCCGACCCCUGGAAGCGGGACGCGCGGGAGAAGCUGGAGAAGCAGCAGCAGCUGCACAUCGUGGACCUGCUGAGCCGCGAGAUCCAGGAGCUGCAGGGCAAGGCCGAGCGCUCGGCCGAGGAGAGCGACCGCCUGCGCAAGCUCAUGCUGGAGUGGCAGUUCCAGAAGCGGCUGCAGGAGUCCAAGCAGAAGGACGAGGACGACGAGGAGGAGGAGGACGACGACGUGGACACCGUGCUGCUCAUGCAGCGCCUGGAGGCCGAGCGCAGAGCGCGGUUGCAGGACGAGGAGCGGCGGCGGCAGCAGCAGCUGGAGGAGAUUCGGACGCGGGAGGCUGAGGAGCGGGCCCGGCAGGAGGACGAGCGGCGCCGGCAGGAGGACGAGCGGGCCCGGCGCGAGGCCGAAGAAAAGAGGCGACAGGAGGAGGGGUAUUACAGCCGCCUAGAGGCCGAGCGCCGCCGACAGCACGACGAGGCCGAGCGCCAGCUGCUGGAGCCCGAGGAGCUGGGCCUGGGCCGCCCUCCGCUCCCGCGGGGCUACGAGCCCCCGGCUCCCGCGCCCCCGCCGCCGCCCCAGCGCACCGCCUCCUACCUGCAGGCGCAGGUGCUCUCCCCCGACGCCCUGUACACCGCCAAGCUCGUGGCUUACGCCGAGGAGGAGGAGGACGACGAGGACGGCGGCCCGGCAGGACCAAACUCUUACGUGGGAUCUGCCGGAACGCUGAUCGGGGCCCGUGACGUUUAUCGCGAUCCGAGAGAGAAACUGUCUAAAAGCCAAGACGCAGAUGUACCUGGGGGUCCUGGAGCCCCUGAAAACCUGACGUUCAGAGAGCGCCAGCGCCUUUUCUCCCAAGGCCACGACGUCUCCAAUAAAGUGAAAGCCUCUCGCAAAUUAACGGAGCUGGAGAACGAGCUGAACACGAAGUGAGGAAGGCCCCUGUGUCCAGCCCCGGCCUCUCACUGUGCUUCCGGGCCGCGCCUGCCCGGAGGAUGGGGCGGGCCACCUUCCCAAGCCACUGGUGAUUCCUGUUUCUAGAAGCGUUGACGUUUAGAAGCAUUCCAGCGCUAAGAAAUUCCAUUUUAUUUUACCAAGAGAGUGUCAUUUCUACAAUUCAGACCCUGUCUGCUUUCUUCAUUACCUGACGCCCACGAAGAUAACUUUUUCUGUUCGUUUCUCUUUUAGAGUCGGGGCCUGAAAGGGGGCAGAAUGAAGGACAGUAGAGGAUAAUGAGAUGCUGCUUCUCCCCUGUCUUCCCCCAGGGAGCACAAGGAAGUCCUGUUUCUGUUCUUUUCCUGAAACCUUAUGUUCGCUUAUCAGAGUAGCUUGAACUCCCCAGACUGUCGUCUGCACCGUGUAGCGGCACCUGCAGAGUCUGUUUUGCGGGAGAGUCAGGUUUCGCCUUCCAGGAGGGACCACGCGGAGACGCGCUUGUGUGCUGAGGAGUCCACAGCUGGCGUCCUGUCCCUGCAGCCUGGAAGCAGCCCAGACCCAAGCGUCCUCUAAGUAAGAUGCUCCAUUCUGCUCCCUACAGGGACAGCCCUCCAGGUCAGCUCUAGUAUUUGAUUAAAACAAGUUUCUCCAAGAAGAAAAUUUUGAGGAUUUAAGCUUAGGAAAUUUUAUUUUUAUAAAUAUCAGAUUAUUAUUAUUAGACCAGUAAGUCAUUGGUGAUUUUGAAGAUGGCAGUUAUGUUAGAAAGUUAACUGUUUCAAAUAUUCCAAGGGAAUCUAUAGAAGAGGACAUCUUUACGGAACAGUGUUGACAUGAAUAGGAACAAAAAUACCUAAGAAGAAUGAGAGCUUAGUAGGUGACACUUGAGCACAACUCAGAAAUUCAGAAUUUGAAAAAGAACUGGAUUUACAUCGAUCUGCUGUCAGGGAGAGGAGGGGGUUCGAUUGCAUAUGGCAUCUGUAAUUUAAAUACUGUAAGAAAAGUUCGUAUGGCAGUUCAGGCUAUUUUUUUACAUUCUAAUAGAGUUAUUUAAUUUUCAUGUGUUGAAUUAUUAGUUACCACUGUCACUUCUUCAGCUGUGAAUACGUGGCUGGUGUUGGGGAAACGGGCCUCACUUCGUUUUAUAUUAUGUGAUGUUCAAACAGUAAAUUACUUUGUGAUUAAGAGCAGAUUUUCUAUUUGACAAGCCCUGCUGUGGGUCUAGAUGAUUUUUCUGUACCAUGUUGUUCUCUUACCAGUAGGUGUGUUAGGAGAAUACGCGCACUUUCAUGAGAGCUAUAUGGCAAGUCAUUAAAAUGCGAGUGUAAAUAGUUUCUGUGUCUGUCAGGGUUCGUACUUGGAAGUGUGCUUUUCCCAUUUCCCUUGUCCAGUAAGAGAGUAACGUCCUAAGUGCUGAUGAAGGGUCUGCAUGCUUGCCCCUCCCCCUCCCACACGUCCUGAGAACACUGGCAGCCUUACGGGGACUAAAUCCACACCUUCUUUAAAGAAAAAGAUGCAGGUGAACUAUUAUUCUGUUAAUAUAUAGAAAAACAACAAAUACACCUAAGUCCAUGCAAGUACAUGUAAAUAUUUACACGCAGGGAUAUUGGUAUGUGUGGUUGUAAACCCGUACACGUGGAUUUGGCCUUCCUUGGACGAUUAGGUCAAAUGUGAAUAUGUGUAAAAGUGCUUUUCAUAACUGUGCAUUACUAUGGAGAAGACAUCAGAACUGCUGUAGUUUUCCAUUUCUACUGUAUUUCAUUGGCAACCUAUUUUUAAUAAACUUUGUAU